AUGAAUGUUGAAAUAGAACAAAAAUCAGGAAGAGUAGGAGGCAUGGAGGUAUACUGUGGGAGUAGAUGUAGAGGAAGGUGUUCAAAAGCAGGGUUUCGAGACAGAUGUAUAAAACAAUGUAAGUGUGUUCCUUCUGGUACCUUUGGCAACAAGCAUCAGUGCCCUUGCUAUCGUGACAUGCUCAGCUCCAAGGGAAAACCCAAGUGCCCUUAA